CCUUUCCUUUCCUGGCCAACUUGGCAGAAGUGUCAGCAGGACAUAAGUGACAGAUCAGUAAAGUUUCUGUCCUGGUGUCCCCUCCAUUCCUGAUAUGGCCCCCAGCGUGCAGUUGAAGGAGGCUAUAGCCGAUGCGCAUGACGGCAUCCGUGCCAUUCUGCUUGGACCUCCCGGAGCCGGGAAGGGGACUCAGGCCCCUCGGUUAGCAGAGAAGUACUGUGUUUGCCACCUGGCCACUGGAGACAUGCUGAGAGCCAUGGUGGCUUCAGGCUCCGAGCUCGGCAAGAGGCUGAAGGAGACGAUGGAUUCUGGCAAGCUGGUCAGUGAUGAGAUGGUUGUGGAGCUGAUAGAGAAGAACCUGGACACUCCUCCCUGCAGGAACGGGUUUCUAUUGGACGGAUUUCCCCGAACAGUAAAACAAGCAGAGAUGCUGGACGGCUUGUUGGAAAAGAGAGACGAGAAGCUGGACUCUGUCAUCGAGUUUGCAGUCAAUGAUUCUCUGCUGGUCCGUAGGAUCUGUGGCAGACUAAUUCAUCAGCCCAGCGGUCGCUCCUACCACGAGGAGUUUAACCCCCCCAAAGAGCCCAUGAAGGAUGAUGUUACGGGUGAGCCGCUCAUCCGCCGCAGCGACGACAACGAGACGACGCUGCUUUCCCGCCUGGACGCCUACCACCGGCAGACGGCCCCUCUGGUGCAGUACUACAGCGCCAAGGGCCUCCACACGGCCGUCGACGCCGCCCAGAACCCAAACGUCGUCUUUGCCUCCAUCGUAGCCGCCUUCUCCGCCACCACAGACAUCCCGGCUCGCGCCACCGCCUCUGGUUGAAUCCUGAGCUACUUCGCUUCUGCUGAGCCAAAAAAUUGGAGGUGACAGAAAAACCAGGAGGGGAGCUCCUUCAACUUUACAAGUUAUGGUUGCAGUGCUGUCAGAUUCUGUCUCAUUGGCACAUUUUUAUUCCCAGUAGAGUAAAAGGAAUAGACGGAGUAAGACGGGAAUAACAAAGCCAUCUUGUUGUAUUCCUCACAUUUCCCUGUCAAUAAAUCUCUUGCUUUUCUACAAUCAUCA